AUGGCAUCCAUUAUUAUGACCGGCCUAAAUUACUCCCUGGCCAGUUCUACAACAUGUCCAGAUCAAUCACAGACAAAGGAUGGAUCGCAGCAUUAUACUACACGGCUCUCAAAUGUCGGGUUCACAGGAUCAGACUUCAAGCCGUUGGAUAUCUUGAGUCUUCAACAUCGUGAAGGAUUCUGGGAUACAUUGAUAAUGGGGGUUGUUGCGCGGAAAGUGAUGGAGAUCGAAGAGAGAGACUACUACGAGGAUAUCAAUCCUCUUGACGAUGUCUUUUCACUUUCGAACCUUCCUACCUCUUGGGAUCUGUCGUUGCCGACUUUACCAGAGUCAUAUAGGCUACGAGAAGCCGAAGCAAUUAUUUCAGGUUGUCCUGUGGAUAGGGUAUAUUUGGCAUGCAAGCAAAAGCGACGCAACAGAGAUCAGAAAGUUCUGAUAGGAGAAUAUGACGUUCUCAAUCGGCAGUGGAUAUAUGCAGGCGAUAGAUCCCCCGAGGAUACUUAAUGUUACCGCCGAUUCCCUUGCAUACAUGACUCUUAAUAACA